AUGGACAAAGCCAAGGCCGGUCCGCGCGAGGACAACAUGAAGAUCAUGGUGCAUGUCCUCGACAAGACCAUCGUCGUCUCCUGUGGCACGGGCAGCCAGCGCAUGCAAUGGCUCGGCCACGUGGGCAUUGCGCGUUACGACGAGGAGCAUCUCCAGGGUUGGCUACAGCUCGGCAAGCCGGCCAAGAUCACAUCCAGCGCAGGGGUACCCUUCCAGGCUAACGACGUCAUUUGCGAAGUUCUCCAGGACAAGGACCAUGUCUAUGUCGAGCCAACGCGACAACCGUGA